GGAGGCGCUGACAGCCCUCGGCUGCCGGCAGGAGGGUGCAGAGGGGACAGCAGGCACGGGUCCUGUCCGCGCCGUUUUGUAGCGGGAUUAACGCCGCUUCUGCUGCUCUGCCCGGGGCUUCGCACAGCCGACGAAAGGCCUGACCUGUGCACAGGUAUGAAGCACUGUGCCCUGUGAUACUUCCUUUCCUGGUCCCGCCACUGGAGGAUGGCUGCCAUACUCUGUGAAAAUUGCCCUGGUCAGCACCCCGACACCCAGGUCAACCAGCCGCUGGAGAUCAGCUGCAUGCUGCUUUUGAUUAUGUUUGGAAAAGUGUUCCUUGAUUUCUUCAUGUUGCAAGUUAAGAAAACAAAUGCGAAAGUCAGUUUUAUGGGAUACUUCUGUGUUUCACUGGCGCUUCUUGAUUUCACACUGCUGAUGAGUAUCUCUUUCAUUUUUUAUUUUGAAGACUUUGCGCUCUGGGGUGUGCGAUUUACAAAGUACCACAUUUGCCUGUUCACUCAGGUGAUUUCUCUUACCUAUGGUAUUCUUCACUACCCAGUGUAUCUUGUGGCUGGCCUGGAUUAUUACAUGACUAUAGCCCAAACUUCUCAGUUUCCUAAAAGAGGUCAAAGAUUACUUUAUAUAUUUGCUGUGGUCACUAUAUGGAUUUCAGGUUUUUUUUGUAUUCUGAAAGUUCCCACUAUCUAUGAAGAACUAGACACUCGGAACCAUUUUUCUCCUUAUUGGUGUCCCCUCUAUGCCAGCCUGCAGAGUUACUCAGUCUCCUGUGCCAUGGUGCUGCUUACAGGCACAGCUCUCCUAGCCUGUCGGAAGGAAGUUACAACCAUGCUGCUAUCUGUCAGGCUAGUAUCCUUUGCCAGUCAGCCUGUUCUGAUGUUCUCUUAUGUGUCCAACAACAACAGUGCUUGCUUUAAGUGGCAGCUCCUGACCAGGCUCCUCAUCUGUUUUCUUGGCACUUGGGCACCUUUUGUUGUUCUUCAAAUCAUCAUUUUGUUUCUCGGUGCUCAGAUUCCAGCCUACGUGGAGAUGAACGUCCCCUGGCUGUACUUCAUCAAUAGCUUUCUCAUUGCGGUAGCAUACUGGUGUCGGUGUCACAAUGUUGACAUGACAGAGGAGAUGUGGUCUACGGACCCAUUUGUCAGCUGGAAAUUCUGCUUUAUCCCAUUUAACAAUGAAAGCACAGAGACAGCUGAUAAGCCAGGCACAGUAAUUGUAAUCUGCUAAUGAGCUGCUGACUGAAAAGACUGCAAAUAAGUGCUGUGCAAUAGAAGCCUGUCCUUACGGAUUAUACAGGAAACAUCUCCAGAGCCACAGCCAAUAGAGAAAAGUCCAGGACCCACCAACAUUGCACCAGAGCCUGGGACACACUGGGUUCCAGUGGGCAGGGAACACCUGCCAGUUCAGAGAAUUUGACUUGAAUGUACAGGUUUGAGGAGACCACUACUUGUAUGAAACAAGUUUUCAGAUAAACCUCAAGUUUAUGACUAGGAUUGAACACUUCCUUUAACUGAAACGAGCUCAGGUUUUGUAGUACAGAAUGCAAUAAAGCCUUCUUUAAAGCUGGAGCCCUUAUAUCCAUGUUACAUCCCCAUGUUAACCUACCGUCAAAGCUUCAAACAACUGAUGUGAGUUUUUGAAGCAUAUUUUCAUGUAGAAGUGUGACUUUUUGUCAGUUUGAUUGAAGUUAAGGGUUGUUGUCUGUUUAAAGAGAAAUAAAUUGUUUCAGUUAAUGCAAAGCAACUUCUACAGCUAUAGGAAAGGUGGUGACAUUUUGUUGUUUCUUUGCUAUACCUAUAGAUAAAUACAUGCCCAAGGUUAAAGAAUGGCCAAAAUUAUUUUAAACUAAUUAGAUUUGAAGUGGGAGUACUUCAGUAGGAGAAGAAUGUGUCAGGCUUCUAGCAAAAAUACCAUUAAUUUUCAAAUUCUUCAGUUCUAUGAAGGUCUAAUUUAAUUUUGUAGAACAGAAAUAAGUGAUACACAACCAAAACAGACAAAUGGAAGUAGCAUUUAUUUCUGAAGCACUGAAGUCACAAUACAAUGUUGUAUUGAAAUAGAAACUGUAAGCAACUGAUGCUGCAGGUUGGUUAAUCCUUCACCCAGACCCAUGGGGAACAAUGGUAUCACACAAGAAUACUCAUUAAGAAAAAUCUGCAGGUAACAAAAGGUGCAAUUACAAGCAAGUUCAAGCAGCACAGUAUAAGGUGCUUUGUUUCAACUUCUGUAUGAUGGAUUUAUCCAUUAAGAAGCAGAUUAAAGAGAUUUCACUUCUACAGGAUUGUAACAAAGGAUAGAAUCUAAAAUUCAUUCACAUGCCAGUUGGUAAUAGGAAAGUGCUUUUUUU